AUGGCUAACUACAAGUAUUCCUAUAGGAAUUAUUACCUAAUUCCAGAACCUCCAACCUCAGACUCAUAUUUUAAUUGUAUUUCCAGAAUUCCUGUCCCGGGAAACUACGAGGGAAUCUAUACUCAAAGAAUCGAUGAAACUUCGAGUAGAGAAUCAAAUGAAGUUCUAAAUUUAUUUACACAUCAAGCAGUAUUUUCCAUCCCGAACAAAACGUAUAAACCAUUCACUAAUACUAUAAAAGUUCCGCCUAUUGAGAACCCAAUAAUUUUAAAUCCAAAUUACAAAGGUAUAUUACCGAAUAAUAAAAUAAACCAUGAUGAUUCCGAGUUAAGAAGAAAAGAACACGCAGUAAAAAUUAUCGUUGAAAGACUUAAAUAUGUACAAUCACUUACAAAAGAUAAUAAAAAUUAUUUAUAUCAAAACAAUGUUACACACCAAAAUGAAACAAAAAGGCAUAAACUGCAAAAUGUAGAAAAUAAUGAAACCCGGGAGUAUAAUAGCUUAAAAUGGGAGGAUAAAAGAGAAAGUAAAAGGAACUUGCAAUCUAUUAAAAUGACAGCGUUUAAUAUUAUUGAUGAAAAUAUUAAAAAGGCUGUCUCAGUAGCUGAACAGAUUAAGCAAGAGAUAGAUGUUGAGAUGACAGGAAAAGAUCCGGAAGGAAGAGAAAUAAAAGAAAAGAAUGAUUCCUAUAAGAAAAUUAGCAGUAAAAAAGAAUUUAUUCUAAAAUCAGCGAAAAGACUUGCUUUUUAUUUAGGGUUACAGACAAUACCUUACAUGAAAACUUACAUGCAAUCCAAUAACUUUAAUCGUGUGCUUAUUAAACGAAUUUUCUUACAACUAACGAACUUCACGGUCUUUUUAUCUAGACAUCUUUCAAGGACCUCAAAUACAUCUAAUCCGAAGUUAAAUAAUUUUAACUCUUCAUUUAAUAGUAAACUAGAAGACUUGGUUAACGAAGGAGAAUACUACGAAGAGAUGAUCUUAUCGGGUGCUGAAAUGUCUAGAAAAUUUGGAAAGACUCCGCUAGAGUUUACUAAAAGAAUGGAUACAGUUAUAACGGAGUUUGAAAAAAGGACUGGUAUUGAACGAACGACAACGAGGAGAAGUAGGUCAAGAAGUCGUAGUGCUGCAAAAGAUAAAUUAGUAAACGGUGAUUUUAUGGAAUAUAUAAGUUCAGACGUUGAAGGUAAAAAUGUUUACAGAGCAUUCGUUACAGAAGAAUGGAGUGAAUAUUAUGAUAUUGGACAACCUGAAAUCAGUAAAAGUCUAAAAUCUGAAAAAUAUAUGGAGUCUAAAACAAUUAAAAAAGAAACAAUUGAAAAGCUAGUUGAAGAAAAAAUGUAUAAUGAAACUCCUCUCACCUAUAUAGCAAUUGUACAAGCUCAUGUUUUUACAAACCAAGACGCAAUAUUUCGGGAUACCCAAGAAGAAAAAUAUGAGGAAAGAAAAGAAAUGUUUGAGGAAUUCGAUUCUAAAGGAGAAAGUAUAAUACAAGCAAAAGAGCAGCUUGCUCUUUGUACUCAGCUGGAACACCAAACAAUAAGGAUAAAUAAAGAAAAACCAAUAGAAAAAGUAGUUGUAGUUGAAUCUAUAGAAGAUAUAACGCCAGUGGAAGAAUACAAAAGUUUUCCAGCAAUAGAACAGGUGAAAACUGGCAUUGCUGUUCAGAAGACAACAGAAGUAUUAGAGCCCGUAAUAGAGAUGCAAGUAGACAAACUAACAGCUGUUAAGCAGGCUUGGCAUGCAACGCAUCCAUCGAGUAUUUCAAUAGCUGGUAUUAAACCUGUAGUUCUUCAAGAUGAAAAAGACGAUUCCUUUAUAUUACCUGAAAUUAAGUAUAGGAAAUCAGUAACUUUAAUUGAACCACCUUUAAAAUCAAUAGCUGAAACCACUAAAAUUGACACAGUGGAGCCAAGAGUAGAAAUACUAGAUAUUACUGAAAACGCAGGUAGCAAACCAGUUCCUUUAAUUGAGGAACCAGUAAAAUCAAUAGCUCAAGUGUCACAAGUAGAAGUAAAUGAACCCCAAUCAAGGCCUUUAGAGUUAGCAAUACCCACUGAAGUAAGAUCUAAAGAAUUAGUACAAACACCUGUUCAAUCUGUUGCCGUAAAUAUGAAAACAUUCACUGAUCAAUCAAACAUAGAGUUUAUUGAUACACCACAAACUAAACAAGAAACAUCCAAAAUAAAACUGGAACCUUUUUCAACUACAGUUGCUAAGAAAAGUGAAGUUUAUAUUGGUGAAACAACCGUAUCCUUCGAGAAAAAGGAGCUGGAUCUAGAACACCUAAAACAAACUAUCGAAUAUCCUUUCCAGUUAGUAGCACAAAAAUCAGAAACUAAUUUUGAUGAGUCAUGUACCAACGUAUCGACAGCAAAAAUUCAAACAGAGUUGAUCCGAGAAACAUAUGAACAACCUAUUAAAGCUGUAGCACAAACUUUCGAAACUUCUACUGAUAUAGCAAAUCUUAGUAUCUUUAAAAGGGAUGCUCUGAUUAAUGAAAAUAUUAAAACUUGUGUCGAAGUACCAUAUCAAACUGUGGCUCAAGUAGAAAAGGUAUAUUCAGAAAUGUCUGAGGAUUUGUAUAAAAUGCAAAAAAGUAAUGAAGAAAAAAUUAAAAUGACUAUAGAAAUACCACACAAAACUAUAGCGAAGAAGAUUGAGACGUCUACAGAAGAAACAACAAAUAUAAAUACUGAUUUAAUGCAAGCUAGGAGGCAAAACCACGUUUCAAGUAUGGAACCGGCUACAAAAGCUGUUGCUGAAAUAAAUCAGACAAUGCUAAGUGAAAAAAGUAUAGAUUUUAAAUCCAUUUUAGGAAGUAAAGAAAGUAUUCAACAAUCCAUGGAACCCAUGAAAAAUGUGGCCGAAAAAUUUGAAAUGUACGUGAAUGAUAUUGGUGAAGAAUUCAAUAAAUUUAAGGCCAAAGGUACCGAACCCGAAAUUGCAGUAGAGCUACCAGUAAGAGUAACUGCUGAAACAAAGGAAACGUUAACAGAUGAAGCUAUUGGGUUUGUUGACAAAACUGAAUUACCUAAAGAAAAAAUACAGCCACUCUUAGUACCUGAAUCUAAACGUGUAGCAGAAGUGUGUAUAACUUUAAUUGAUGAACCCAAGCCCGAUAAUUUGAAAAAUUACACCUUCAAUAUAAAAGCGCCUAAAGUACUAAUGGAUGAUUCAUUUCGAUUUAUACCUGAGACCGCAGUUUCAAUUCCAGAAGGGCCUAAAUUGGAGUCAUUUUACUUACCAACAGUUCACAAGGUAGAAGCGAAAAUUGCUGUUGAUAAAAUAGAACCAACCGUUAUUACACAAGUGCUCUUAGCUGAACCCCAUCAGAUACCCUUUGACGUACCACAAGUUAAAGUAAAGGAACCGCGAUCUUUAAUAGAAGAACCACUACUGAUAGUGCCUGAAGCUUCGAUACCAUUACUAGAGGGUCCAAAAGAUGGCGUUUUCGUCGUCUCAAAAAGUUCAAAAGAACACGCAAACUUGAAUUUAAAAACCUCCGACGCAACUAGUGUCACUGAAAUAGCCAUUUUAGAACCUCAAUGUGACUUACUUGAAUUUCCUGAAAUAAAAGAGCGGAAACAUCAUACAUUAAUGGAAGACGCAAAGAUGACUGUCUCUCACAUUCAACAAAAUGUUAUACUAGGUCCUAAAGAUGAUAAUCUCUUAACGCCUUUAAUAGUUAAAGCAAGUGCGUCUUUGAAAGUUAACGAACAAAAAGCUCUGGAAGGAUCACUUGUAAUUUCAGAAGAAGCAAUACAGUUAAAUUCUGAUCAAAUCAAAAUUGAUUUUAGACAACCCAAAAGUUUAGUAGAAGAAAGUACUAAAUCAGUAGCAGAAAACGUGCAAAUUAGAAUAGCAGAAUCAGAAAAAUCAUUUUCUGUUUCAAGUAAAGCCAUUGGACAAGUAGCUAGUCUUGCCGUACAGCCGCUGGCAUCUCUUUCCCAAACUGCAGCUAUACCCCUUGAAGAAGUGGGAAUAGGAGCAAAACCCUCCGAAAUAUUAAAGAACCAAGCUAAAGUUCUAGUGCAAGAAUUAUCAGCAGCAAAUAUUGGUCAAAUAAUCGCUUUAUCUUCAGUUAAAGAUGAAAAAUUUCAUACGUUUAAAGAAAUUAAUAAAAGUUAUGGUAAAGCUGAAUCUUUCGAUACAUUAAAAGCAACAAUCAAUGAAGUCGAUGUAAAAAAAUCAAAAGUAGAAAUAACUGAUGUGCUGGAUGACCAAUGUGAAGAAGUAGGUAUGAAUUACAAAGUAGAAUUUGUGAAAGACGAAACAAAGAAAAUAAUAACAGUAAAAAAUAAAAAAACAGCAGAAAUACUGGAGUUAGAUACAGAGUUUAUAAAAAAAGAUAUAGAAUAUAUGGAAAAUGGUAUGGCUUCUACUAUUCAGUCCGUAGACGCAGACCUCAAAUCAAAGUCCCAUAAAUCUACAGUAGCUAUUUCGGAAGUAAAGUUAAGCGAGAGUGAUAGUAGCAAGAGCCCAUCUCCCACAUCACCGGUAAAUGAUGUUUAUUUGUUUUGUGUUGCAACUCCGUAUGCAAGACAUGAACCGAAAGCUGAAACUCCUAUAGUAGAAUUGGACUACAGGUCUACUCGAAAAAGGCGAUAUACACAAGCCGAAAUUUCUGUUGCACAGUCGAUUGGCAUAGAAUAUCAAAUAUCUGAUUCCGAAGAUGAAGUAGAAUCCAUUGAAAUUGAAUAUCAAUAUGAAAAACGACAAUAUGAAUCCGACAGAAACAUGGGAGCAGUAACUCAGCAUACGAUCGAAACUCGAAUGGAAGAGCAGUCUUCGGAAUAUGCUAUGGAAAAUGGGGAACAUGUACACAGUCAAGUUAAUAAAGUAUUACAGUUGAGCAAUGAGUCAGCUACAAUCGGUACAGGGAGUCUUAUUGAAAUAACCUCAAAAUCACAGACAUCACAACUUCACAAGAGACAAGACAUUGCAGGGGUGAUUGAGGAAGAAGUAGAUCAAUCAUCAAGUCAACGAAAUUCAACAAAAUUAGCGAAAUCAAAGAAGCAGUCUUCAAAAUCUUUACAACACACAGAAGGAACAAUACAAACAGAAAGCAAAGAAAACAGUGGGUUUUAUCAAAGUGAAGUUAUUUCUCAAUCUGAAAUGCAAUCUUUGGAACUGAAUAGACAAGCAAUACAACAGGAUAUCAAAGUUGUAGAAAAAGAUAUUGAAUCAAGGCAUGCGUUAUUAUCUGAGCACCAUGACACUACAAUACAAAUAGCAAGUAAAGAAAUGGCUAUGUCACAAGCCAAAGUAUUGUCAAUUAAGAAUAAAAUUACGGAAAAACAAAUCGAAAGUGCAUUUUCCGAAAAAACUAGAGUUGACAGCCAAGAAUUAAAAAGUCCGCCUAUAGAACCUGCAACACCUUUAACAGAUGAAUAUGUAUUCCGCCUCACGGCACCAUUACCAAGUAGAGAAGGUACUCCAGUACCGCGUGAUUGUACAUCUAGCUCCAGUUCUGAAUCAGAUGAAGAAAUAAGAAGGAAACUUAUUCCCCACAUGGAAUUAUCAAUAGAACAGAGAAUAUUCGAUCCACCAUUACCGACUCCGCCCACUUCACCGCCCGUGACGUCACCUGCUUCAAUGACAUCAUCCUCAAGAGCUAAACCAUUUUAUUCAAAGCCAGGAUUGAGAGGGGGUGGCGACACAUUCGAUUUAACCAAGGAAGAAGUAUUAGAAAUCGGGAGACAGUCAAACCUCCUCGCAUCAGCCAUAGACAAAACAAUAAAAAGGAUAGAGGAAUACAAAUCCGCAGCAGGCAUAAUGGAACACUCCAGUUCCGAAAUAUCCAGUUCGGAAUCCAGAACUGUCAACGAAUACCAAAGUGAGGAUAAUAAGGUUGAAGUUCUAAUUGACAAGAUGGUUGAAACCUCAAGACGGUUCUCGGAUGAGGGUGAAGAGUGCGGAAAUAGCAAGGAGUUUGUUGUUCCAAUUGUUCAGGAGUACACGACGGAGGAAACACACAAAACACCUGAACUGUCCACAAAUUACUCGUCCAUGGAGGUGAAGCAAGAACGAAAAAUGGAGUCAACAAAGCUAUCGGAUCAAUUACUUUAUAGCGUCCGAAGUAUGGUUGACCCAAAAGCAUCUCUAGAAGAGCGGCUAACACAGAUGCAGGCCCAGAUUGCUGAGUUAUCAAAACUACCAGACCUCAUUCAUCAAACCCUUGAUGACGUCAAAAUGCAGUUCGAACAACUAAAUUAUCAAGUACAGCAGAAAUCAAUUGAAAUACAGUCAAGUCAAUAUGAGAACAGCGAGCCAGUACAAAUUUCAGAAAAGCCUAUAGAAGCACCUCAGGAACAACCAGCCAUCGAAGUAACUGCGUCGGAAGAUGUGAAGGACAUAGAAGUGAUACCGGAACCCGAUAUAGAAAUUCAGAGUAUCAUAGAUAAGAGAAGAUUAGAGGCUGAGAACAAAACAAAAGAUGAAAUAAUGAAAGAAAGACUUAGCCAAGAGCUCCGAUUCGCGGCGGAGAGGUUAUCACCUAAAUUAGGUUUUGACGAAAGACCUAAAAUGCCAGAGGACAGACCAUUUAUGGGCUUUUCUCCAUUACCUCAAACGACGCCUUUGGAAAUGGGUGUAUCUCCAGUAUUAUCGCUGCCAACGGGAGUUCCUCCAAAAUCGAGCAUGCCUCAAGACUCAACGAUUGCGGGCCCCACAUUUGGAGAAACGGUUAAACCGGGAAAAGCUUGGAAGAAAUUAGAAGAUGCUAAUUUAGAACAAAUGCUAUCAGAAACAAUGGCCGCACAAGCGGAAGUUAUUAAAGGAAACGCGAUUGGAGUAAACUUCAUGAAGUACGAAAAACCACCACCACAAUUGGACCACCUUCAGCACUCGGAGGUGUAUAAAGCCAUCCAUGAGAUGGACCAGAAGCCCUUAAAGAAGGUAGAGAUGCUGAAGCCGGCUAUUGCAGCAUCUGAUUAUGUUGAGUUGGAAGUUCUGUUAGAGUUAGGACCAAAACCCGAUGAAAAAGCUAUAGAAAAAACUUUAAAAGAGCUGAAAUCACUAGAUGGUGUGCAAGAGGCCAUUUUCAAAGAUGGUGCCGUUAUGGUAGAGACUGUGUUACCAAGUGCAAUUAUAGUUGAUAUUGUAUCUAAGACAUAUGGAAAACGGGCUGUUUUACAGGGCUUUGGGGAAACUCAGUCUGCUGUGGCUAUGGUAUCUAAUCAAUGUGGCGGUACCAAAGUGAUGGGAGUAGUAAGGUUUCAACAGACGGAUCAGGGACCCCUGGUUGCUGAUGGUAGUAUUGAUGGUCUUUCACCCGGACAGCAUGGUCUUCAUGUUCAUGAUAUGGGAGAUAUCAGUGAGGGUUGCAAAUCAAUUGGGGUUCAUUUUAAUCCCCACAAAUCAAAUCAUGGGAGUCCUUUAGACCCUCCGGAUAGACGACAUGCUGGUGAUCUAGGAAAUAUAGUAGCCGAUGAGAAUGGCCGGGCAACUUUUAGGAUAUUGGAUAACAUAUUAAAGGUAUGGGAUAUAGUGGGUAGAUCGAUAGCUGUGACGUCACAACCGGAUGACUUGGGGCGUGGUUCAAGUCCGCUGUCAAAAGAGAACGGAAACAGUGGGGAACCAAUAGCUUGUGGAAUUAUCGCGCGUUCAGCGGGAAUAUUCCAGAAUCCAAAAAGGAUAUGCGCAUGCGACGGUGUAGUCGUAUGGGACGAGAGAGAUAGACCACUCGCGGGAAAGGGGAGGCGAUGUUGUGAGAAUCACGAGAAUAAACAAAAAAAACAGUGCUGUAAAGUAUAA